UCUGUAGCACAAAGUCAACUGUGCUGGAGACGGGAGGCAAGAAGACGAAGACGAGGACGUGGGAAGGAAAGGCAGUGUUAUAGCUGCUGAGGAGAGAAAAUCUCGCUGCCGUGGUGACGCCAGCCGUGAAGCGGGGGUGCAGUCGACUUUUAUCAACAGGGGAGCUUCUUGAUGCUAGAGUGAUUGGGCUGAGCCAGUUAACCUGCGCUAAGGGGCUUUGGUUGGAGGCACAAUGCCCCAGGCUGCUGACAUGAUCAACCUGGGCUUCCUGUCUGACUCUGAGCGGGAGCUGAUCCUGGAGGUGCUGCGACGGGACGAGGACCUGAGGCAGGCUGAGGAGCACCGUGUUCGGAAGUUGAAAACAGAGUUGCUUGAUGUGAAGAGGAAAGGGGCCAAACGUGGCAGUGGAAGAUACAGUGAGCAUAGUUGUGGCAGAUGCCUGGAGCCUCUGAGCCGACUGACUGUUUUCUCCAGCCAGUGUAAGAUGUGUAAUCACCAUGUGUGCCGCAACUGCCGAACACUCUUCCCAAAUGGAACCUGGUUAUGCAGCGUGUGUGCCAAAGAAUCGGAUCUAAAGAAAAGGACAGGUGACUGGUUCUACGAUCAAAGGGUCAACCGUUUCUCCACAACGCCUGGACAUGACCUAGUCAGGGUCUCCCUGAAAAAGAGACCGCAGUUGAAGAAGCGUGAAACAGCAGGAGAAAUGCUGUUGAGAAGUACUGAAAUAAAGCCAGAUCCUCCCGCUCCUGUGCCUCGGCCCAGGCAGAAAAAUCAGACGGACAGCAAAAGUCAUUCAAGCAAGAUUUCAGGAUCACUUGCUUCGAGGGAAUCAUUUGAAUCAAAGGAGGACAUUUGGUCAAAGCCAGCUCACAGUGACACAGAGUCUGCAGAAAAUGCCAGUAUAAGUAGCAAUAAAACGGAGACUGAGUCUGGUCGUGUGACCCCUGAGCAACCAAGGAAAGAGACCCACUCAGUUCAGUCCAGCCCAUCAGGGUCCAGUUCUUCCAGUCUCACCAUCCCAGUCAAAGCAGAUAUUGUCAGCGCUGACAGCACCAACCCAGAAGCUAACAAUGCCCCAGAAGUAAAACCAGUCAGUCCAGCCCCAGAGUUGGACGUUGAUAGAAUCUUCAAGAAGAGUGUCAGACGCACCCAAAAGCCUCCUGAGUAUGUAUCGACGGUGGACCUGCGUGAUGGACUUGACAAACCAGAUGCCUCACUGGGCAACAGGAGUCAUUCUGUACCAGGAUUAGAUGUACAGGAAGAUGACGAGGAGGAAGAAGAUAUUGACAGCUUGGUUAGCUUUCAUAAAAGGACAAUGGUAUCAAGCUCCUCCAGCCUGCAUAGCUCAAAGAGCACACUAGGCAGUAUGAUGAGUAUUUACAGUGAAGCAGGAGACUUUGACAGUGUGGAGGUGAGUGGAGACCUCGUCUUCUCAAUGAGCUACGACGAACCCACCCAGAGCCUCCAGGUCUUCAUCAAGGAGUGCCACGGGCUGGCCUACGGCAAUGCCUCACGGCAGCUUUCCAACCCUUAUGUCAAAUGUUACCUACUCCCUGACAAAUCUCGCCAGAGCAAAAGGAAGACCACGACGAAGAGAAACACCAUAAACCCCGUCUACAAAGAAACACUGAAGUACUCUGUCAGCCGCUCCCAGCUGUUCACCCGCUCCAUGUUGAUAUCAGUCUGGCAUCAUGGUCGCCUCAGCCGCAACGCCUUCCUGGGAGAGGUGGAGAUUGCUCUGGACUGCCGAGACCUUGACUCACCGUACGAGGACCGUGUGUCUCUCAUGGCAAAGGCAGCCUCUACCGUGCCAGCUUCAGCUUUUGCUCAGUACAAAGGAGAGUUGGUGAUCUCUUUAAAGUUUGUCACACCUAAAAAGCCAACAACUGAGAAAAUCAAAGGCAAAAAACUGGUGACUGAAGAAGGAGGAGAACUGCAUGUCCUAAUUAAAGAGGCAAAGAAUUUGAUGGCAAUGAAAACAGGAGGCACGUCAGAUAGCUUUGUAAAAGGAUACUUGUUCCCAACUAAGGCAAAGACCUCAAAGAGGAAGACUCCAGUUGUGAAGAAGAACCUGAACCCCCACUAUGACCACACAUUUGUGUUCAAGGAAGUGGCUCUGGAGCAGCUGAGGGGGAUGUGUCUGGAGCUGACUGUGUGGGACAGGGAGGCCAUGCUGAGCAAUGAAUUCCUGGGAGGAGUCCGUCUCAGCUCUGGAAAAGGCACUGUUAAAAUAGCCAAGGAGGAAGUGGAAAUGGACUCAGUUGGAGAGGAGGUCAGUCUGUGGGAGAAGAUGAUGCAGUAUCCUGACUCAUGGGCAGAGGGCACUCUUCCACUGCGUUCCACUAUGGGGAAGGCUAAAGGCAAAUGAGGACAGCUGCACAGGCCUGGACUUUCAAAGAAAAGAGACUGAAAUGGGGAGCAGCUGUGGCCUCAGAGACAAACAUGAGAUUGUGGAUUCAUUUUAUUUUGAAAGCUUUUCAGACCAGAAGCUUUUGUACUGAAGUGAGCAGACUCAAAGCUGAUCAGCUGUAAGCAGGCUCACAGUCUGCUGGCCUGCUGGCUUGUCUUCCUUUUUUCCAACCCAGUCUAGAUGAACCACCGCCCACUUCCGUAUGGGGUUAGGGUCGAGGCUUUCGUCAUACGGAAGUGGGCAGUGUUCCAUCCAGACGGUGGAUGCAGCCUCCUGAAUGUUAAACAUCUGCUCGCACCUGCCUGCCUCCCUCCGACAUCCCUGACUGCAGACUGUUACUGCUGAAAAUGUGCCAAAGCACGCAACACUAAACUCUUUAUUUUAAAAGCACUGACACAGUCUUAUGUUUUUAAAAUUCAGGCUGUAUAUAUUAUUUUGAUUAAAAAUCAUCCACUUAGCACAGAAACUGUCACAAAUGUGUCGCCCUUUUUCUUUAUAGUUGUGUAUAGAAUUGCACUGAUAAAAGAGGAAACAAUUCAUUAUAAACUGGUAUACAGAAUUUCUGGUGUUGCAUCCAACAAAUUGUGCUUAGUUUAAUCUACAUUGUAUUUUACAAUAAAGCUAUCAUGUAAAAUUAUAUUUAUACAAGUUGAAAAAGAAUCUUUAUUGGAAAUUAUUAGUCUAUUUUCAGAUAUAAAUGUAGAUUUGUAACUUUUAACUCCUCAUUGGAGUGUGAUCAGAGUCAUGUAUAUU